UACCAAACCGCGCCGUACUCACCUCGAAAAGCGCAGAAAAGGAGUCUUGAUUUUUAAAGCUCAAAGAAAAUCAUAUCUCUGGAGUUUGGAUCCGUAAACCACCGGUCACGGGUUCUUUUCCCCGCCACUUCCUCUUUUUGGUUCCCGAGAAAACUGUUACUUACUAGAAAAUGGAGUGAAUAAAAAGAGAAAAUCUAUACUCAAAUCUCACAAAGUUUAGUCAGAGAGACGUAAAGAGAAAUUAUCGGUAUUGAAUAUCUCAACGAAAAUCACUCAUUUCUACACGCUCAGCGAAGUCAUCGGCUUCAAUAAGAAGUUUCAAUUCACACUAAUCGAGUUCUCAUUCAGUUGCUCAAAUCAAAAUGGCCUUUAAUGCGCGUGUGGCUUUGUCAUUAACAAAUAGUCAAUUAUUUUUAGUUUCUUCUAUGCGAGUGUGUAGUGGAUUUCGGAGUUCAGUGGCCUGCAAUUUGCGGUGUCGUCGUGUGAAAGGUGAUGCAGUGUCAAUUGGUUCUCGGUUUAGAAAUUUCGGAGUGGCGAGAGCUAAAGGGCAGAAAAUUGAAGACCAUUCUCUUCUUGAUGACUCAAUGGAUAAUACUGAUGAUGAGCAGGUUGGAGAUGUGCGUCCGAAGGUGCCGGAGCGGGAUUUUACUGGCACUGCUUAUGUUCCUGUUUAUGUGAUGCUGCCGCUAAGUGUCAUUGACAUGAAUUGUGAGUUGGUUGAUCCUGAAGAUCUACUGAACCAGCUGAGGAUCUUGAAAUCAGCAAAUGUUGAUGGUGUUAUGAUUGAUUGUUGGUGGGGGAUAGUGGAGGCUCAUGCUCCGCAGGUGUAUAAAUGGAGUGGUUACAGGAGGCUCUUUCAGAUGGUGCGUGAUCUUAAGCUUAAGUUGCAGGUUGUUAUGUCAUUUCAUGAAUGUGGAGGCAAUGUUGGUGAUGAUGUCCAUAUUCCACUUCCACAAUGGGUAACAGAAAUUGGUGAAACCAAUCCGGACAUAUAUUUCACAGACAGAGAAGAAAGGCGCAAUACUGAAUGCCUCACUUGGGGAAUUGAUAAGGAGCGAGUUUUAAAACGUCGGACAGCUGUUGAGGUUUACUUUGAUUAUAUGAGGAGCUUUAGGGUGGAGUUUGAUGAGUUCUUUCAGGAUGGAAUCAUCUCUGAGAUUGAAAUUGGACUAGGUCCAUGUGGGGAGCUACGGUAUCCCUCAUAUCCUGCACAACAUGGUUGGACAUAUCCUGGCAUUGGUGAAUUCCAGUGCUAUGAUAAGUACCUGAUGAAGAGUCUGAGCAAAGCAGCAGAGGUGAGGGGGCACUCGUUUUGGGGAAGAGGUCCAGAGAAUGCAGGUUCUUACAACUCUGCACCGCACGAGAUUGGGUUUUUCCGUGAUGGAGGAGACUAUGAUAGUUACUAUGGAAGAUUCUUCCUCAAUUGGUACUCUCAAGUUUUGAUUGAUCACGGAGAUCGUGUUCUUGCUCUGGCUAAUUUAGCCUUUGAAGGCACUGGCAUUUCUGCGAAGCUAUCAGGAAUUCAUUGGUGGUACAAAACAGCUAGUCAUGCUGCUGAAUUGACUGCUGGAUUCUACAACUCUUCAAAUCGUGAUGGCUAUGCUCCAAUUGCAGCAAUGUUGAGGAAACAUGGGGUUGCUCUCAAUUUCACAUGUUUUGAAAUGCGCACAGUGGACCAGUAUGAGGGCUUUCCAGAGGCACUUGCAGAUCCUGAGGGAUUAGUUUGGCAGGUGCUGAAUGCUGCAUGGGAUGCUUGUAUCCCACUUGCCAGUGAGAAUGCUCUUCCUUGCUACGACAGAGAAGGUUAUAACAAGAUAUUAGAAAAUGCCAAGCCUCUGCAUAAUCCGGAUGGGAGACAUUUAUCUGUUUUUACCUAUCUCAGGCUUAGCCCUGUUCUCAUGGAGAGAUACAACUUUCAAGAGUUCGAACGAUUUGUGAAGAGAAUGCAUGGAGAAGCAGUUUCAGAUUCAAAUGCAAUUUGAACAGAAAUUACACUAUAGCAGAGGAGAUGGAUGGGUUAAGUGGCGCCUAGGAGUGUUGUCACACAUCGAUAGAUUAUACUUUUUACGUGUUUGUCCUAUGUCCAUAACAUACAAUGUAGUAUGUAUAAAUUAAUAGUGCAGUUCGAUAUAGAUUAUUAAUUGUUCCAAGCA